AUGGAGGAGAGCAGCGUCGUUGAGGAUUUCGCCGAGAAUAUCAAUAAGAAGUACACAUUUUUCGUUGUCGAUGGGUCCGAAGCGAUGUUCGAAUCGACGAAAGACGCCGAAUGCGAUUUUCGCACCGCGUUGAAGCUCAUUCUCGACGAGCUUAUCAAUAUUUGCUGUCUGCCGACGCUCAACAAUCAGAUUGGCAUCAUUUUCACGAACACGGCGAACUCGAACACGAAAAAGAUGAACGGUGUCGAGAACGCCUACGUCCUAUUCGCGAUGUGCAUUCCGAAUCAAGAAAUCGUCAACGAGAUUCGCGAGUUGUGCGAAAAAGACGAUCUGAAAUCCGCGUUUUUGGAAUUAUCGAACGGAUUCACCACAUGCGAUUUGGCCAGUGUGUUCACGUAUUGUAAACGCGUAUUUUCCGGAUUCUCGAACACUCGCCAUCAAUCGGUCAUCUAUUUCACGAAUAAUCGGAAUCCGUUUGAACGAAACGAUUUUUGGGAGUCGUCCUAUUAUAAUCGCACGAAAGCGUCGGUGUCGAAAAUCAUCGGGCAGGGACAACGGAAAACGCUCGGCGAGUUUUCGGUGGUCCUUUUGCCGCAAAAUUGCUAUAAGCCGGAAAAUCGCGACGAGUUGCGCAAAGAGCCGUGGUAUCUUUUGGACGCGGAGGUGUUCUCGACGACCGUCGACGUUCAUCGACGAAUUCGUCAGAAGACGUCGGCGAUUCGAAGCCACGCGAAUGUGUCGCUCAACAUUGGCGCCGGCGUCUCGUUUUGCGUCGGCGUGUUCGCGUUGGCCGCCGAAGCGCGACCGUUGCCGAGAACCCGCGAAUAUCUGAAGACGACCGAGCAGCCGAUUGAGAAAAAGACCGUCUAUGUCAGUGUGGACGAGGAGUUCAGCGAGAUUGAUAGUGACGAUGGUGACGAACCUGUUUUCGAACGCGCCGAAUUGAAGAAGGUGUGCAAUAUUGGCGGCGAGCGAAUCGAGCUGUCGCGAAACGAGCACGAGUCGAUGAGGAACUUCGAAGAGAAAGGCAUCACGCUGAUCGGAUUUCGGCCGAUUCACACGAUCGACACCGAAUUGUCGAUUUGUCCGCCGAAAUUUAUACGGCCCGAUGAGCAGAAUACGAUCGGAGGAACUCGAAUGUACCGCGCGUUGCUGGAUCGAUGCCACGCGCGGCAACAGGCGAUGAUUUGUCGAUAUCAGACGCGAGCGAACGAGAAGCUGAGAUUGGUGGCGCUGAUUCCGUGGAAAUGGCAGCCAAUUGAGAUGGCCGACGGCAAACCGAUGAAGGUGAAGCAUCUUGACAGCAUCAGAAGUCUUGCCGAUGCCUCAGAAUACAUUCAAGAAGGAUUCUACGUCUUCUUUUUGCCGUUUCGCGAAAAGGUUCGCGACGAUUCGGCACGCCUUCAGGAGGGUCCGACGAACGGCGAAUGGCCGGUGGCGAGCGCGUCCGACGUCGGAAUCGCGGGGAACUUCAUUAGCCGCCUGAAGAUGUCGUACAAUCCAGGAUUCUACGAAAAUCCGAGGCUUUUGUCGGAAAAAUCGGCACUGGCUGAACGCGCCACCGGCGAAAUGGUCCUGCAACGAAGGGAUACGCUUGCGCCGUAUCACACGUUUCCGGAACGAUUGGCGCGCGUUCAGGAGUCAAUUGAGGCGAUUGUUGGGAAUUUCUCGCUUACGGAAGUCGAUGAGAAGAAGACGAAGAAGCGAAAAAAUGAGAUGACGGAGAUUUGCGCAAAAAAAGGGAAAAAUAUGGAGGAAAAUGCGAUGGAAUUGUACAAAAAUGGAAAUCUUGCCAAAUUGACCAAAGUGCAAUUGGAAGAGGCGAUUAAGCAUUUUGGAAGCGAUUUCAAAAAGAAUGCCAAGAAAGCGGAAUUAAUUGAGAUUUUAACGGAAAUUUUGGAGAAGAAUUUGUGA